AUGGAACGGCUGCUGCGGCAGCAAAACGACCUCCUGAAAUUCGGGGAGGACCUCCUGCGCGAUGCCGGUGCGAAGAUGCGCGCCGCCGGCGCGGACGCGUUCGCGCAAGCGUGGGACAACGCCGUCGGCUUCGCGCACGCGGUGGACUGGACCGAGCGAUGGAUCCUCGUCCUCCUCGCGACGCAUCUCUGCGUUCUCGCGACCGCGAUCGCGCUCCGCGAGUCCGAGAAGGCGCAAGCCGUCGUCUUCAUCGCGGCGAUGACCGUGAUCUUCCUCGCGGAGCGCGUCAACGGCCUCGCCGCGACGCACUGGCGGUCGUUCUCGAGGCAGAAUUACUUCGACGAGCGAGGCGUGUUCGCGAGCGCAGUGCUGUCGGGGCCGCUGCUGCUGACGCAGUUCGUCGUCCUCGCGAACGUGCUUCGCAUGAUGGUCCGCGAGAUGAUCCGCACGAAGCGCGCGGAGCUCAAGUGGCGGCAUCGGAACCGACGGAAGCGCGAGGAAGAGGCGGGGGACGGGACGGACGCGGCGGUCGGCGGCGACGGCGGCGAAGAUAAAAAGCAUCGGUAGGUAACAUUUAAGUCGUCAGCGACGACGGACGCAUAGAUAGACGCGUGUAUGAUAGACAGGUAGUUCUCAAGACGGCUCAGCCGGCAUCACGCGUCAUCGUCCCCCGUCCGUCUCGUCUUGUCGUCGCGCGGCGCGUCGACGACGACGACGCGCCUCGGUCUCAUGGUCGUUCUCACUCCACCGGGCUCCCCGCGACGGACACGAGAUUGAUGCAGUACCGGUUCCCCGAUCGAUCGGGGAGGUUGUGCCCGAGGUGCGUCCCGUCCACGGACACCGCCUCCCCGUCCUUCAGGCAUCGAACGUUCUCCCAGACGACCUCCUCGUCCCUGAACGACGGCCACCCGUGCGACCGCGACUCCUUCUCGAACGCCUCGAACGACCGCCCUCGCGGCGCGAUGAACAGCGGCUUCCCCGUCACGGAGUCGUAGUACGUCGUCUCCGUAGUACGGUCCACCUCGGCGAGGAAGUUGGUCGACGUCCAGUACCCCGCGUGCUCGGCGUAGUGGCGGUUGAAGGAGCAGAUCUUGUCCGCGGUCUGCGUCGAGCAUCCCCACUUCAGGUUCUUCUGCACCGGCGCCGGGGAGGUUCCGUGCGCUUUCUGCGACAUGACCUCCUCGCCGCACACGAUCGGGAGCUUCACGCCGUCCGCGACCGGCGCGCCCUUGCAGCCGUCCGAGAGGCUUUCCUCCAUGCCGGAGGACGCGGAGGA